AUGUCAUCCACAGGUAAAGGAAGAAAUAAACAGGAUGCAGGGGAGAGCAGUAGCUCAUCCUCUGCAGAAAAUUCUCCUAGGAAAGGCACAGCAAGAGUAGAGACAAGAUUGUUCAAUGGUCCCGAUUCCUUGGGCGAAGCAGAGCUUCAUCAUGCUCCUGAGGGUCUAAUUGACACUAAUGUUGGAGACUACAGUGGAAUAAAUGGCAUUGAAGAUUUGAAAAAUGUGUUCUCUGUGGAGUCUAUAAAGCUUUGGGCAAUUGCUGGUCCUAUUGCUUUUAAUAUUCUAUGCAACUAUGCUGUCAAUUCCUUUACAAAUAUCUUUGUUGGCCAUCUUGGAGACUUGGAACUCUCUUCAGUUUCAAUCUCUCUCUCUGUCAUUUCAAAUUUCUCAUUUGGCUUCUUGCUUGGCAUGGCAAGUGCACUAGAGACUUUAUGUGGACAAGCAUUUGGUGCUGGACAAGUAGAAAUGCUAGGGGUUUACAUGCAACGCUCUUGGAUAAUCUUAUUUGGAGCAUGUAUCUGCCUCUUGCCAAUUUACAUUUAUUCUGAGCCAAUCUUGAUACUACUUGGCCAAGAACAUCAAAUUGCAGAGUUAGCUGGAAAAUUUACUAUUCAAUCUAUACCUCAGAUGUUUUCUCUAGCAGUCAAUUUUCCAACCCAAAAAUUCUUGCAGGCACAAUGCAAAGUGGGAUUUUUGGCAUGGCUGGGUUUCGUAGCCCUUAUUAUCCAUAUUAUAAUUCUAUAUAUUUUGAUGAAAGUGUUUGCUUUGGGAACAUCUGGUGCUGCUGCAGCUUAUUGCAUGUCAGCUUGGAUAAUUGCUUUGGCUCAAACUGUUUAUGUUGUUGGUUGGUGCAAGGAUGGAUGGAGAGGCUUGUCAUGGUUAGCCUUCAAGGAUCUUUGGGCCUUUGUGAAGUUAUCUGUUGCUUCAGCUGUCAUGCUUUGCCUAGAGGUUUGGUAUUUUAUGAUCUUGAUUGUUCUCACUGGACACCUUGACAAUCCAAUUAUUGCUGUUGGUUCACUUUCAAUAUGCAUGAAUGUGAAUGGAUGGGAAGGCAUGUUAUUUAUAGGGAUCAAUGCAGCUAUUAGUGUGAGGGUUUCCAAUGAGCUUGGAUCAGGACACCCAAAAGCAGCUAAAUAUUCUGUCAUUGUCACAAUUGUGCAGUCCCUCUUCAUUGGGUUACUUUGUGCAGUCAUUGUUUUAUGUACAAAAGAUCAUUUUGGUAUCAUUUUCACUGACAGUGUAGAUAUGAUAAGGGCAGUUUCAAAAUUAGCUGGUCUUCUUGGUAUAACGAUGAUUCUGAAUAGUAUUCAGCCAGUUAUAUCAGGUGUUGCUGUGGGAGGAGGUUGGCAAGCUUUAGUUGCUUACAUCAAUCUAUUUUGUUAUUAUGUCAUGGGACUCCCUCUUGGCUUUCUUUUUGGUUACAAGUGGGGUUACAGAGUGGAGGGUAUUUGGAUUGGAAUGAUCUGUGGGACAGCUUUGCAAACUGCCAUCUUGUUGUACAUUGUCUACAAAACAAACUGGAAUAAAGAGGUUGAAGAAGCAUCAGAACGGAUGAAAAAAUGGACUGGACACGAAUUGGAAAUUAAUACAGUGUAUAAUUAA